AUGGAACUCAACCAGAUUAACAAUGGUUUGGAUCCCAAAUCGCAAAAGCGAAAACGUGCCAAAAAACCCAAAGCGAAAAAAGUGAAAAAGGAACGCAAACCCAAGGACCCAUUCGGCAUGCUGCACCUGCUGCGCAGCAGUCUCCUCUAUCAGACGAAGGAGUUUUUCAAGAACUCCACCCUGCACGGAGUGCGAUACAUCGCCGAAGAGGGCCGCCCGUUUAUGGAAAAAUUCAUGUGGUUCUGUUUCGUGAUAACCGGUGCCGUCGCAGCCAUCGUAAUCAUCUUCAGUUUGUGGGAAAAGUUCCAAACUAAUCCGACUAUUACCGGGCUGGACACGGACUUUCACAACCAGGAGGUAAUCUUUCCAACGGUGAUGGUCUGUCCAACCGAACCGUACGACGAGAAGAGUCUCCAGGAGUUGGCUUUCGUCACGCUUGCGAACUACGAGGACGAUUCGGAACAGUACGAGCCCUUCCUACGGACCCUCACCCAGCUGACGUAUGACAAUAUAGGCAAAACCUUUGCGCUAACCGAAAACUUGACUGACCCCAAAGUGCUAGCGAGCAAAGAUCUCCGAAAGCUGGCCUUCAAAUCGGCCGUCCAUUGCAAUGCGACGUUCAGCUAUUGUCGCUAUAAGGACGAACCAAUCGAUUGCUGUCAGUACUUCAAAUCCGUAUACUCCGAGUGGGGAUUUUGCUAUUCCUUCAACUCCCGCUUCGUUUCUCAAUCCUAUGUCGAGGAACGCAACUCGGAGGUAAACUAUCUGUACGAAACGGACAAAAAGUGGGGCUUGACGUUUGCCCCGCUUCGCCAGUCGCUCGUGUUUGUCCACUCGCACAACGAAAUCUCCGGCCGAGACUUCCGGCCGCAGGUUCAGUGGGAUCAGAACUUUGCGAUCGAUUUCCUGAUCUCGAUGAAGCAAACCUACACCACGGAAGACGCCCGGCAGCUGUCGAUCGGUCAGCGUAAGUGCAUCUUUCCCGACGAGGUGCGGCUGCACUACUACCAGGACGAGUACACCUUUUCCGGGUGCAUGAAAGAGUGUCGCAUCCGGAAGUUUCUCAAAUUUUGCCGAUGCAUUCCGCCGUUUUUCGCUCCACCGGUGUCGCUGCCCUUUUGUGAAAUCGCGCAAUUCGAGUGUAUGACUCGGUACAUUGAGAACAUUUCAUCCAUUGCCGAGUGUCACCACUGCGAGCUCGGUUGUCAUAAUACCGUUUACGAUAUUGAGAAGUAUUCCAAGAUAAUGAACAGCGACGUAAACAAAGAACCAGUGGUAACCAUCGAGUAUCUCACGUGGCCUAUAAUCCGCUACAAACGGGAAGUACUCUUCGGGUGGGUCGACCUGCUGGUCUCCUUCGGAGGUAUCGCCGGUCUCUUUCUCGGUUUCAGCCUUCUCUCCGGGGUAGAAAUCAUCUACUUCUUCACCAUGCGAGCGUGCUGCAUGGUGUACAAAAACCGUGACGAACUGAUCGCCAUCGAGCAAGAGAAACUGAAACGUCCCCCACCGCGGUACGACCUCCGACUCAAACCGGACUUCCGGUCCAGCAUCGUUCCCCCAGCGCCGUCAUCGUCUCCUCCGCAAACCGACCUAAUAAGACGAACAAAACACGUCUCCACGAUUGGGCUGAUCGAUCGGGAAUUCCAAACCGUCAAGGUUCCCGACGGGAACGGAAUGCUGCUGCUUCCCGGAGCGAUCAGUUCGCGCCAUCUGCAGCGGUUCGAACGAAUGCGAACCCACGUACGGGCGAAUAUUUUCCGUCCCGUUCAGGUGGCUCCGUACAGCGAUCAGAUUAUGCCACUCGAUAGGAACUGGAUUCGCACCAAGGAAGGACUGUUCUACAAUGGUUAUCUGCCCUGA